AUGUCUGAGCAGGACGCUGAAGCUAAGCGUGCGAAGCAAUUGGAAGAAGCCAGGAAGAGAGUGGAGGAAUUGAAGAAGAAGAAAAAUAAGAAGGGUAAAGGUAAGAAGAACAAGAACAAUAAUGUCACUGGCACUACAGGAUCAGACACACCCGAAGUAGAGAGCACGCCAGGUGAAGAAUUGCCGCAAGAACAAACACCAGUUGUUGACUCUACUAAAAGUGAAAACGAACCCGAACACGUCGAAGAAAACGAGGAGAAUGAAGAAGAGGAAGAACUUGAAGAGAACGAAGAAUUGGCUGCUUCAAAUGAUUCUGGUGUUAAUGAGGAAGAAACCAAAGUGGAAGAUGAACCACACGCUUCUGUGGAAGAGGAAAAUUCAGAAAAUGUAAAAAAGGAGGAGGAUCAAGAAAUUUUGAGCCACGCAGAAAAUAAUAAAACUAUUGGGACUGCACCGGUAGUCGCUGAGGAGCCUAAAGAAGUAAGGGAAACCUCCCAUUCAUCAGCUGAGGCAGACGAUUUAUUUGGUGGUGAUGACAACGAAGAAUCAGAUUUCCUGACCACCAUAGAAAAGCAAAGAGAAGAAGACGAAUUAAGCAAACUAAGGACAGAGCUUGAAACACUAAUACAAGAAAAUAAACAGUUAAAGUUUUUAAGCAUGGAUAACGAAACUACGAUUGAUGAUUUACAAGAGCAAUUGCAAGAGAGAGACGAUACGAUAAAUAGCCUACAAUACGAUUUACAAACAACAAGGGAUGAACUCACAGCUACUCAACAACGCCUAAGGGAAGCCGAAACAAAAUCAGUAAGAACUACCACAGCAUCGCCUGUUCAUUUUGCAGAUUUUAAUAGCAAUUCAACUUCUUCGAAAUCCGCCGCUAAUUUUGCGCCAAUGGCUCGUGGUAACCAUGCAGAAGUCGAUCGUGUCAUGUUGGAUAAAUGGCGUAACUGGAACGUUGACAUGACCGGUUGGAGAAGUAUUGGUUCGGGCCCAAUCAUGGAGUUUUGA